GAACACAAACUCUCCAUACCUACAUGAGUCAGUUCACUGUUCACUGGUUUAGUCACUUUUCUCACCGCGUUGUAGACGAAAGUGCCUCCGUAAUCGUUAUCCGCUGCUUUAAAUUACGCGAAAAAUUUACGAAAGCGCAUUCGUUGCCAGUUUCAGUUCCGGUCAAAGCGCGAAAAAUGUAUUAAAGUGUUAAAGCAAACGCAUUAAAAAAAUUUUCGAGUUCACUUUUAAAAUAAAAAGAUAAUGAAAAUGACACCGCAGUGUAACCCGGUGUUACACUAUACCAAACAGCCACUUUUAUCCGUAAACAGUCCAGUGACGGUCAUUAAUACGGUAACGGUGAGGAAAAGCCAGAAAUUUGAAAGGAAAAAACACGACAAAAGCAGAAUAAAAUGCGUGAUAGUCGGUGAUAAACAGGUGGGGAAAACUUCUCUAGCAGUUUCUUACAGUAACGACAGUUUUCCAAGCGAAUAUGUGCCCACAGCAUACGACAAUUACAAUGUGGACGUUCUAGUGGAUGGAAAACCAAUUAGACUAGAAAUCUGUGAUACAGCUGGAGAGGAUAAUCUAGGAGGACCGCUUAGGGAUCUGUGUUAUCCUGGAGCUGAUGUUUUUAUGUUAUGUUUUUCGCUGGUGCGACCCUCCUCUUUUAGAUCGGCAUGUGAAAGAUGGGCGAAUGAAUUGACCCGAUUAGGAGUACCAGUGGUACUGGUAGGAUGUCAAGCUGAUUUAGUGAGAAUGCCAGACGAUAUGGGAUAUUUGCGACGACAGCAACAAACCACAGUACCCACAGAAAACGCGGAAGGGUUGGCUCGAAUACUUGACGCCCCUUAUGUUGAAACUUCAGCCAAAACCUGCAAACAUCUAAAAGAGGCUUUCGACGAAGCCAUCAUCAAAGCCUUAAAAAGACGGAAAGAGGUUCUGAAGAAGAAAUGGUGGUCAAAGCUUUUCUGUUGGAAAUAAACAGGAACUCUAUGGACAAAAGAGGCAGAUGGUUUAAUAUUGUUGUGGAUUGGGAUCAGUCUGGAGUCGAGUCGAAUGAGCAGAUUCGAUGGAUGGUUUGUUAGAAAAAAAGGUGUCUCCCAUUUUGAUCUCAGCCCGAUAAUCUACCGAAUUUCCUAUUGUACUAAAGCGCCUUUGACUGAUGUUAUUUUAUAUGAUCUCUAAUUUGCAUCAUCUGCCUCUCUAUUGGGCUGUAUUAAAAGUGUGAUAUAUUUGUGUAUAUAUUUGCGUCCAAAAACAUGCUCAAAAUCAACUUUAACUAGACGAAAUUCUUUUACAAGGUGGUGCAUUUAUAAAUGAAUGUACAUAUAUACCCAACAACAUACUUCAUAAAUGUUUCUCUCAAACUCGAUUAGCGUUAUUCAAAUUUUAUCUUUACGACCGCUGGGACCCUUUCUCUUUAAUUGCAUCUCUCGGAAAUGUUUUCAGUGAUUAGUUGGACUGUUAGGAGAACUUGUUUAGAGACUUGCCAGUAAUUAUACCGUGAUGGUCUGGGCAUCAAACGAAUUCCACGUCAGAUGAAUGAUCAAUUUGGAUCUUUGCCGCAGAUCUUCUUGGAAUGGUCAUAUCUGUGAAUCAAGGAAUUUUGGGAAAAAUAUCUAGUAAAAUGUAAUAUAAUUUCACGGUUUUUCUUAGAAAUUGGUAACAUGGAGCAGAACGGACUCAUUUAUGUAGAUAUUAAAUCAAAAACAAAAUACAUUAAAAUGUAACUGCAAAUAUUUUCAAUUAUUAAAAACAUGCUUUAAUUUGUUCUGAUUCUAGUGAUAUGUCCUCGUCAUCAAAUUAUUUUGGCUAAUGUUUGCUUGGUAAUCUUAUCUAGCAUAACAUGCAGUCAGACGUUUUUAUACGUAUCAAAAACAUCUACCUUAUGCGGUAUGAAUUGUUUUUUGAAUCUAGAACUUUCCAUUUUUUUCUCUGAAUUAAUGGGUUGAAUAUGGAUUAUCACAUUUGCGCUAAAAAUAGCUUUCAAUAUAAAUAAUAUUUUCUAAAAUAAUUCAAGAUUUAUUAAACUUAAAACUUAACUAUAAAUUAUUGAUUCACUGAAUCAAUCAAUAUUGGUUUGAUUCUUUUUAUGCUCUCUUAAAAUGUAAUUAUUUGCGCAAACGUGGCCUUCAAUAUGUGUUUUACAGCAACUCCUUAAUUUGAUUGAAUAUCGAGUUUUGAGAAGAAUGCAAUAAAAGAAAAUUUGCAAUUAAUUGGUCUGUACCUAUAUCUAAGUUCGCAGAAAUGUACAGUUUUAUCAACACUGACACACAUUUCCCUGCAAUAUUGCUUUACAUAUAGCGCAUAUUUCAAAUCGGUUACGGCUUGUUGAUUUUAAGCAUGUUUCGUUAUCUUUUACGUAGUUUUUGUGUAUGUCAGAUAUUAUACUUAGCUCUCAAAAACCCCAAGGGGGUUUUAGUAUUAAAAACUAGUUAAAUUUACACUUAUUCGAUCAAGUGUGCUAGUAAAAAAGAACAGCUUUAUAUUGUAUUUAAGCAAGUUGUAAGGGAUUCGGUCUGGGUCUCCAUGCAAAUUACAGUAUUUCUUGCAAACGCAAUUAUCAGAUUUUCAAUAUAUUCUUAAGGAGAAAACCACACCUAAAGCACUUUUUAUCAUUAACACGAACUUUUUCAGCAACCCUAGCAAUAACAACCAUUUAUAACAUUUACAAUAAAACUAAACCAGACCGAGUCUUCGAGAAAACUUAUUCAUUUGAGUCAAUAAAUUAUCUCCCAAUUUAUAUUGCAUGUAUCAGAAAUUUAAACGUUUGAUGGCCGGAAACUCUUUCUUUGUCCUGACUGAUGGCAGAUUUAAUCGACUUGUACCUAUAUAAUUAUGUAAGCUAUGUGAUUUUUGCUCAUAUAAGAAACCUUCCAUGUCCAUGUGAUAUCUUAAUCAAUACUGCAGUAUUUGCAUUUUUAUAGCAAUGGUUUUGGCUGAACAAUGUGAAAUCUGGUUUCAAAUAAAUCUUACCAAGCAACAUCUUUAAAGUAACUCGAUUAAAUUAAUACUCUAAAAUGGAAUGUUUGAAAUGAGUGGUUAAUUGUGAACCUCGAGUGAUGCGAUUGUAGUAAUGUAUUAUUCUAAUCUAAUUACUUUAGUCAAACCAUAUGUAAAAUAAAUAUAUAUGUAUGUAUGACAUUUUACACGAAUUUUGCGAUUCCGACAUUUUUACAUUACUCGCAUUAGUUGAAUAAAUAUAUACAUAUUUAAAAAAGUGAA